AUGGCAGGAAUAAAGAACGCCAGCAUUAAACAUUAUGCUGAAAAAGCUUCCAAGAGUACAACAUCACAUGCUCGGAUAUUUGCUCCUCAAUCAACAUCAAUAUAUCAUUAUCCGAAUAUGCCCUCCGUGAAAAAUAAAAGUAAAGCUAUCCUGGUAUAUCCAUGUAAGGAUUCUUGUACCAUUGAGGCAUUGUCCUCUAAAAUUAGCCAUGGGCAACUCGAUCAAGUGAUUUUUAUUGAUAGUACCUGGAAUCAAGCGACAUCUAUUUUUCAAACCACAAGUGAAACAACCAUCGACAUAUUUAGCGACGAUAGAGGCUAUAUACUAUUUUUGUGUGGAGUAUCACAAGUACAUUUUGAAAAGAGAAUACCAUGGAGAGUAUGA